UAGUAAAAGUUGGGAUAGGAGCUCCGGAGAGAGAGAGAGAGAGAGAGAGAGAGAGACAGGAGGAGAGAUACAGAGAAAGAGGGAACAGGGUAAUUAAACGGACAUUUGUAUCGGCUUUAGAGCGAACAUUAAAACACUUCUUUGUGCUUGACUAGGAACAGUCAGAGUGAAACAGUGACAGAGGGGGGCAGGCGACUUUCUCUGAAGUUGAAGCCAGAAAUUCGCCGGAGGAAGAGGAGCCAACGAGCCGUAUUUUGGAUUUGUCAAAACGAAAAGCAGGGGUGGGAAAAAAGAGCGCGACUACUGCGUGUAUAUAUAAAUUUAUUAUACAUAUAUAUAUAUGCCAAAUGGUUUCAAUGAACUAACAAAAAAAAAAAAAAAGUUGAAGUUCGUGGCGGUCGGUAAAUGUUGUGACAUUUUUUUAGGAGAGCAUAAAUUGCUCCAGCGGUCGACGGUCGAGUGGCGGGGGAAAAAAAAAAAAAAAAAACCCGAGCUGUCAAACCCGAUGACUACUGCAAACUGCCCCGGGAAUGAGGAGCUGGACUUCAGACUGAUCUUCGGAGAGGACGGGCAGCAGCAGCCGCUAGGCCCCGCAGAUCUGGAGCCUGAUGACAACACAUCGUUCUACAUUCUAAAUGUGGGCCAGCCCCAGUCUAUGGUCACCAACCACCAGACUAUUGGCCUGCCUCGUCAUGGCAUGCAGUCUCACUCACAGGUCAUCAGCACUUCCCCACGCUUUCAGUCACACAAACCAGGAUCUGAGCCUCCGAGCUAUGAGGCACAAGACUCAAAGUACGGUACGUCCCCACUGCUGCCCUCUGCUCCUGUGGAGGCACCGAAGGCCUUUGAGUGCCCCAGCAUCCAGAUCACCUCCAUCUCUCCUAGCUGCCAGCAGGAGAUGGAUGCCAAUGAUGAGGAUCUCAGGGCCAAUGGCCCUGAUGGGGACUACCACAGUGAUAGGCCCCUGUCCAGAGACCACCUGUAUUUGCCCCUGGAUCAUUCAUACCGGGACUCUUCGCUCAGCCCUAGCCCAUGCAGCAGCCUCUCCUCUAGGAGUUGGUUCUCUGAUGCCUCCUCCUGUGAAUCAUUCUCACACGUCUAUGAUGAUGUUGAUUCAGAGCUAAAUGAAGCGGCUGCCCGGUUCACCCUGGGCUCCCCGCUUACUUCCCCAGGCUGUGCCUCCCCUCAAACCAGUAGCGGAGUUUUGGAGGAGCAGCCCCACUGGCAGCACCACCACCCUGCCUUUGUGCAGCACUCCCACUCCAUCACCCUGUCACCCCGACAGUCCCCCUGCCACUCGCCACGCACCAGUGUCACUGAUGAAAAUUGGCUCAGCCCGCGACCACCUUCCAGGCCCUCCUCGCGUCCCACCUCACCCUGUGGGAAGAGGCGACACUCUAGCGCCGACAUCUGCUACGCCGGUUCUUUGUCGCCUCAUCACUCACCGACACCCACACCAGGACCUUCACCUAGGGGUAGUGUGACAGAGGACACCUGGGUUGGCAGUCCCUCUGUAGGCAUGUCGCCCUUCCAGUGCUGCCCAUCUGAGGCGGACAUCCCAUCCAAGACAAGGAAGACCUCACAGGACAGAACAGCUAUGCAGACUGGGAAAGGGGAGCUGGGACUAGAUGACCAAGGAAAUAUGUCUCCUAAUCUAGACUCUCCUUCAGAUGAGGCCCUGCACAGCCUGAAGAAGGAUGGGCCUGGGGAACAGUUCCUCUCAGUGCCCUCUCACUUCUCAUGGAAUAAACCCAAGCCUGGUCAUACACCUAUAUUCAGAACCUCCUCACUGCCUCCUCUAGACUGGCCUCUGCCAAGCCAGUUUGGCCAGUAUGACCUGAAGAUAGAGGUGCAACCCAAAGCCCACCACCGAGCGCACUAUGAGACAGAGGGCAGCCGAGGAGCGGUCAAAGCAGCAUCUGGUGGCCACCCACUUGUCAAGCUCAUUGGCUACAACGAGAAGCCCGUCAACCUUCAGAUGUUCAUUGGAACAGCAGACGACCGUUACUUGAGGCCGCAUGCCUUCUACCAGGUGCACCGGAUCACGGGGAAAACCGUGGCCACAGCCAGUCAAGAAAUUAUAGUCUCCAGCACCAAAGUUCUCGAAAUUCCUCUCCUUCCUGAAAACAACAUGUCAGCCAGUAUCGACUGUGCUGGCAUCCUUAAGCUGCGGAACUCAGACAUUGAGCUGCGGAAGGGGGAGACGGAUAUAGGAAGAAAGAACACACGGGUCCGUGUGGUGUUCAGAGUGCACAUCCCUCAACCCAACGGGAAGGUGCUGUCGCUGCAGGCUGCCUCUAUUCCUGUGGAGUGCUCCCAGCGUUCAGCUCAGGAGCUUCCCCAGGUUGAGAAAUCCAGCUUGACCAGCUGCCUGGUCAGCGGGGGAGAAGAGAUGGUCAUCACCGGCUCCAACUUCUUCCCAGAGUCCAAGGUCAUCUUCCUGGAGAAAGGCCCUGACGGACGACCACAAUGGGAAGUUGAAGCAAAAAUAAUCCGUGAGAAGUCUCAAGGAUCGUGCAUCGUGGUUGAGGUCCCUCCCUACCACAGUAAGACUGUAGGUUCGGCUGUACAGGUGCAGUUCUAUGUCUGCAAUGGGAAGCGGAAAAGAAGCCAAUCACAACGCUUCACUUACCUUUCAGUUUUGGUGAAACAGGAGCACAGAGAUGAGCUGGACCUUCCUGCAGUGCCCCCUAUGUCCAUGCCCCUGGCACAUGCUGCCAGUCUGGUGCGCACCCAGCUGCCUUCUCCUGAGCAGGGCCACCCAUCGGACAACCUUCUGUCCAGCUCCCCUCACGGCCUGGCCACGGGCUCUGGACCUGGCCUGUUACCCCUGCAGGCCCCUUGCCCCUCCCUGGGCUCCCCGUCUUUCCAGCACCUGCCUCACCUCCAGGGUCGCAGUUUGCACCACCCCCCUGCAGACUGCCACAUGACGUUCCACCCGAGCUCUACUCCUGCUCCUCUUCCUGCUUCUCCCCGGCCCUCCUAUCAGCCUAUGCAGCAUGGCCACACUCACAGUCAUAGCCUGCCCUUCAAUGGCCAGUCCAGCCUUCCUCCUCAGGGCUACGAGAGGAUGCCCUUUCAGCACAGCCCCAGUGCAGCGUCACAUCCAAUGGGCAUGGGAAUGGUGUACCCUUCCUCCCCUUGCUCUUCGCCAUCAGCACCCUCCUCUUCAACCACCAACCCCAUUGCUGGGUCUCCUCAGAGCCAGCAACCCCUUCUUACCCCCUCAUCCCCACACCUCCACACACUCAGAGGCUAUCACUGCUCCCCAAAUCCCAAUCAGGUGCCCUCGCCCAGUGGCCACCCCCUUGUGGGGCAACACUCCUCCCAACUCCAGAGGGCUAUGGGCUACCACCCAGUAAGUCAGAGGUCAGCCUCCUGCCCCACACCGUCCAGCGCCCCACCUCCACGGAUGAUCCCCACUCCACACUCUGGGCCUUCCUCCCCUCAGCUCCACUCGCUGCCCUACCAGUCUCCCACCUCAUCCUCUCCCACCUCUGGUGGUAGUCCUCUGGGGCCCUUGCAACAGCAGCAUUCAGGACAGCCUUCUCCCCAGGCUACAAGCCCGGUCAUGGCCACCCUGUCCCCGGCAGCAGCAGGCCCACUGGUUCAUCCUCUAAGCCCGCAGGGACCGUUUCCUUCAGACGGGGAGAGGCUGAACAUCAAACAGGAGCCAGAGGAAAGGGAGCCCACGUUCCGCUCUAUUGGCAUACAGGACAUCACGCUGGACGACGUGAAUGAAAUCAUCGGCAGAGACAUGUCCCAGUCCCCCAGCGCUCACGGUCCUCCGUCAGCACACAACCAAUCAUAGCUCAGCCCACGCUCAUCCCCUCCAGCUCUUAAUCCUGCAAACCCCACAGCUCCAACACUGACUCUGGACCCUGGUCCUGGUCCAGCUGCUGGUCCUGCGUGUGAUGACGCAAGAGGGCAGGAAGAGAUAAGAAAGACUGUGGUCAAAGACAGAGUACGGUCGGAGAUUUCACCGAAAACUGUAGACACAGAACUCACACCUUCACACAGAUUAAACAGAAAGGUGAGCGGGAGAACGUAGCCAUGCCGAGUCACACCGACGUUGACGUGGUUAGUGAACAAUGAGGAUUAAUGAGAUCGUCGAGAUGCGAGCCAUCCCUCUUCAUUAGGUCUGACCUUUUUAAAGCACAGCUGUCUUCCUGACCAAUCACUUUUUCAGAUCAUUUUCUGCAGCGGGAAGACGAUACAUUGGCGCGUGUCGUCGUCCGCCUCCUCACCAGCAUUGACCUUCGUGAAUGAAGACGUCUUGAAACAUAUAAAAAGAAGAGGGACUGAGGAGUGCACGGUGCUCUCGCAGGAAGCCAGAAGUCAGAAGUCUGUUCAAGUUUUUUUUAAAGUUUCUCAGGCAAAACAAUCAAGAUGCUAAAAACACAAAACAGCGUCAGCAAAAGUGUGGCAUCAAGUGUUAAAAAUAAUCACGCUUGUAAAAAAUUAAUUAUUAGCUGUAAAACUGGAUUAACAAAUUCAAAUCAGAACAGCCUGAAUGAUUUCAGAAUAAUUCAGACGAUCUGGCUGGACUCCUGCCGGCUUUCAGUUUUUCACUCGUGGCUUAGAGAUGACGACACUGUCCACUCCUUGUUUUUCUCCCUUUUUUUAAAAAAAAUGAUGAAACCAUUCAGGUCUGGAGUGCAGGGGCCUGGCAGGGAGGAUGAGCUCCUCUGGCGCUGGUCUGGGAUCUGCAACCUGCAACAUUCCACAGCUUUUAGUAAACUUGCAGCCGUGUAGAUAUCUGUACAUGAACCCCCCCUCCCCUCCUCUCUCUCUCUCUUCUGUUUCUUCUUUUACAUCCUCCCUCUCCCUGAGUUGAACAAAUGCCUUAUUAGCAGCUUUGAAUGAUAGCGAAAGCUUUUUUUUCUUUCUUUUUUUUUGUCGUUUUGCACACCUGGCUUUGAGUUUGACGAUAAUAUUUGUUUUAUUUUUGGAAACAGAUGUGUGACUUGUGGGUCAUGUGGCUAUGAUCCGAUGAAUCCCGAUGAAGGGAUGAUGCUCUCUUGAUCGUUUUCAUUCGAAGAUGUUUGAAGACGCCCGUUAUUUCCACGUUACAGAGAAGUGUUUUCGUUAAUCAAAGAUGGACCAUGAAUUUCUUUUCAUGCAAUAAUUCCCCAAAAUUUCCCAGGGGCCUUUGCGUGCCUUCUAAUUCCUAAAAGCAGCCGAGGUGACAUAUAAUAGGAAAUAAUCUGACAAAAGUAUUUUAUACUUAAAGUGUAUAUAUUAUAUAUAUAUAUAUAUAUAUAUCUAUAUUAUAUAUAUCUAUAUAUUAUAUAUAUUAUAUAUAUAUAUUGUCCACCCUUCUGUUAUGAACAAGGUAAAAUCCCAACAACAGAACAACAUCUGGAUGUAACGGGUUCUUAAUCAAUGUUCACAAUCAAACACUUCCCCCUGAUUGUCUCCAGAAUGGUGUCUCUUCACGCUGACGUAUUCAUUAAUAUUUCCUAUCCUGACAGACAUGUGGUGCCUGUACGGCAGCAAUAACACAGUCUGCAAGACAAGAAGUGUGUUUUCAGGCAGGUUUCUAGUCUCAAUGAUGUGGAGGUAAACAGACAGAGACAGUUUCUGGUAUGAAGAUUCCCAUUGGGUUUUUUUUUUUUUUUUUUUUUUUUUUUUGCCUUAAGCUUGACAAUGAUGCUCCUGCAUGUGAGAGCUGAGGAGUGUUGCUUACGACAGUUUGAAGUCAGUUUCCAGGUGAAAAUGAUUCUGCUAUGCAUUAAGAAUUCUGCCUAAUGCCUUUAAAAAUGAGAAGAAAAAAAAGACAAAAAAAAAGACCUUGAUGCCUAUAGAAGUAGACUGUAGACUUGUUGUAGAUGCUUGAUUGAUUCUGUUAGCAUCAUGGAGUUGUCCAUCAGCCAAUUUGCCUUGUCAAGGACGCAACGCAAGCAUCUUAAAUAGGUUUCUUUGUGUGAGUGCGCGAGUGUGUUUGUGUGGAUGGAUGGUCGGUGUUUGUAUCAAAUAUGCUGUACAGAAGACGGGAAGACGAGUCCUAUUUUCAACAACAGAAGCACACACAUGUAUUUAGGCUAUGCAAACUAUAACAGCAGCAAAUGUGAGAUAUGACAUUAAAUAUGAGAAAUGAGAUUAUAAACUAUUUGUAAUGAUGUUGCUUAUGAACUUCAUGGAGCGGAAAGAAAAAAAAACAUUCAGAUAGUGAGAGUAUCAUGUCACUAUGUAAACUAUUAGGAUGCCUUAACUCUUGUUUGAAAAAACAGUUUGUCAGUGUGUCUGUAUGCUGUUCUGGGUUGAUUUUUUUUUUUUUGUUCCAUGACAUAAGUCAGUAACUAUUACUAUCAUGAUGAUAUUUUGUUUGUUUGUGGGGGGCACAGGGUGGACAUUGAGGGGUUGGGUGGGAGAAGGGGGAUGGCUUUUUUUUUUCUUUUUUUUUUGCCUAUAAAGCUGCUUCUGUAGCUUGAAAGACUUGAGUCAACAAAAGAAAAAAAAAACUAAACCAGCAUUGACAGUAAACUCUGGCUGCCGUCCUCUUCUGUCACAACCAAAGACCGAACAAUUUGUUCCCAUUUUACAUUAUGGUAAAGCAACAGAGACUGUACAACUCUAUUUUUGAUACUUUGAAAUGGAUGUCAUUCCUAAAAGGUUGGGGACAUGUAUGAGUGUUGAAUAUAUGUGUGUAUAUCUAUAUUUUUAUAUAUAUAUAUAUAUAUAUAGACACAUAUAUUCACACACACAAACACACACGCACACAUAUAUAUAUACACAUAUAUAUGUAUGUUUUGUAAAAUAAAGGGAAAUACAGGUUUAGCUGAUGUUUACCGAGCCUUGUAUUGUCAUUUCUUGUAUAUUUUGUAUGUUAAAAUUUUUUGUAAUUUUUAAGACUGCAGUGCUUUUUGAAAUUAUUCAAAGGGAAUACCUUGCAUCAUACUGUAGGCUCUAAAGUAGUGUAUAUCAAUAAAACAGAAAACUCAA